AUGUGUAAAGCUGCAGAAAGUGUUUUCGGUGCGCAGGUGUCGAGUGAGAGCUUGGUGCGGGCGUACGGCGAGCGCGUCAGCGUGGUGCAGCCCAUGCUGAACGCCGUGGUGGAGCACAGGCUGGAGGAGGCGCUGGAGGAGGCGCGCCACGUGGACCAGCUGGUGGCCCGCGGCGACGCCCCGCCGGCACACGAGCAGCCGCUGCUCGGCGUGCCCUUCACCGUCAAGGGCAGCCUCGCCGUCAAGGGGCUGUGCCACGCGUGCGCCAACGUGUCGCGGGCGGGCGUGCGCGCCGAUCAGGACGCGCUGGUCGUGCGGCAGCUGCGCGCGGCGGGCGCCAUCCCACUGCUAGUGUCCACCACGCCCGAGUACUGCCUCUUCUUCGAGACCUACUCGCAGCUGCACGGCGUCACCAGGAACCCCUACGACACGCGCCGCACGCCCGGCGGCUCCUCUGGCGGAGAGGCUGCCCUGCUGGGCGCUGGAGCAUCGCUGGUGAGUCUGGCCUCCGACGUGGGAGGCUCCGCGCGGCUGCCGGCGCUCUUCUGCGGAGUCUUCGGCCACAAACCGACGGCUGGGGUGGUGUCAGACGAGGGCCACCUGCCAGUGGCGACGGACCCGCGCUGGCCGGACUUCUUCAGCGUGUCGCCCAUGUGCCGCUACGCCGUCGACCUUCCGGCCGUGCUGCACGCCAUGGCGGGCAAACACGCCCCCAGGCUGCGUCUACUGCAACCGGUGGACGUUAAAACACUGCGUGUGCUCUACAUGGAGGAAAAUGGUAGCAUGACAAGCUCCAGGGUCCAACCUGAACUGAGGGAGGCUAUGCAUAAGGUUAUCCAGACCCUGAAUGAGAGGCAGAAUAUCCGAGCUGAGAAGGUACAAAUCAAGGGCUUCGCACAUUCCCUUGAGCUAACAGGACCGACGAUUGUGAGUGUUAAGGGUCUUCAGCAUCCAAUGGCGCCAAAGUAUAGGGACAGUCUCGGAACGACGCUACUUCAUUUCCUGACGGGGAAGUUGCCACACAACGCCUACGUGUUGGUAUAUGAGCUGGGCUACAGGCUGCAGAAGCUGACUCCAGACGACGUGAAGGCGACGCUGAACAAGGCCACCGCAAGUUUCAAGCUCUAUAUGCGUGAGCUGCUGCGAGACGACGGUGUUCUGCUGUACCCCACGUACGUGGCGCCGGCCGGCUACCUGUACAACAUGUACGGCAAUCUUGUGAACGGCGUCUACACGGCCAUCUUCAACCUGCUGGGGCUGCCAGCCACGCACUGUCCCACAGGCCUCAGCCGAGAGGGACUGCCUCUAGGGAUACAGGUGGUGGCGGGGCCGGAUCAGGACCGGCUGUGUCUGGCUGUGGCCCAGGAGAUCGAGGCAGCCCUAGGCGGCUGGGUGCCGCCCCCAUAGCGCGCUGGUGCCUGCAGGCUUCUCCCUCCAGUCCUGUGCAAAUC